UGAUUUCUGACUGUAGUUGUCUGGCGGAAGCUGAAACUUACUCCGACCCUCCCACGCUUAUACCUGGCCCUGCCCUGCAGAAGGUUGGAUUAGUUCAGUACGGCUGAAGAAACGGUCUGCAUGCUCUGGAGAGAUCUAAAUACUGUAACAGCAAACGGCAAUGGAACUUCAGAUUACAACUCACCUGUUACUGUGGAUCACUCUCUCUGGAGCUGAAACCACCCUAUGGCCCCCGGAAAAUCCUCAUUUCGUUUCUGUGAAUACUGAAAACAUAUUUCAUUGGAGUCCAGCCCGGAAUGAUUCACAACAAGUUCGAUAUGACGUGCAGUAUUGCAGGUAUGGAUAUGAUGAAGACUGUAUCCCCGUGCCGCACUGUACAGGGACUUCCCACCAUUACUGUGACCUCACCGAGGAGACCUGGGACUUCAACAUUAGCUUUAUUGCUGGUGUCAGAAGUGUGAUUGGCAACACAACCUCCAAAUGGGAAAGAACUAAUCAUUUUAAACCCUUUGAUUCCACCUCUUUGGGUUUGCCAUCCUUUGAUACCAAAGCAGACCGUAAUGAGAUUACAGUCAGAAUAUUCCCGCCCACCUUGCACACAGCAAAAAGAAACAGGUCAAUGGAGGAGCUGUACCCAGACUCACUGAAGUACAUCAUUUAUAUCCGUGCAAAUGACACCGAAAGGUCUAUGGAAAGUCAGAGUUCAGGAGAACUAUUCACAACUAAAGUGCGACCAGGAAAUAUCUAUUGCAUCAGAGUCAGAGCAAAAGUGAACGGAGAUGAAAGGAAAAGCAACUUUACAGAAGAGAAAUGUGUAGAUGUCCCAACUCCUAAUCCAGAUUUGGAGAGGCUGAUUGAUGUUGUCUUUGGCGUCAUUGGUGCUGUUAUCGCACUGAUCGUUGUCUGCUUUUGCUUGGUGAUGAUCUGCCAGAAUUACUUGAAGAAACAAAGAACAACCCCAGCUGUCUUGAAAUCCUUUGAAAAGAACAAGAAGUUUUUGAACAUCAUGGAUUACCGGAGUUUGACAGAAGAUGUGGUGGUGCAGAAGGUGUUUGCUGAUGAUGCUCAUCACGGUGUCACCAGGACACUGGAACAGGAUGACCCAUGGCUGGACCAGAAAAUCAAGGAAGCAUCUUCCGUGGAUAGUGGAAUCGAUAUUGGAAGCCACUUGUCAGACAGGAUGAUGUUGCUCAGUGAGCCUCUGAACCGCUACAUGCAGCAGACGCCAGAUUCGAGCAGCCUCCAGAGCACCAACCCAGAGUGUGGGCAGAACAGUUGUCAGCCUGUCAGCUUCAGCUCAGUACACAUCCCCGACGCAACGAGCGAGCCGGGUGACAGCACUGGAAGCAUAUCCAUUUCGGGUUAUCAGAGGCAGAUGCCAAGGACUAAUGCAGCCUCAGAACAGGAAGCUAGCAGCACUUCAGAGCAGACUAUCGAGGACUCUCCUCCCUGCCUCAUCUCAAUAUCAGACAUUAGUAUAACAGAAGACUUGACAAGAGGAUUCCUCAGUUUGGGUGAUGUCAUGUUAAUGGAAAAUGGAUUUUAAGCAAAAGAUGUUCACAUCAAACAUCAUGUGAAGGAGAUCACAAUGUGUUUUAUAAUUUAAUUAUUUAUUAAAAAGCUUCAAUUUUA